AUGAGCAGUCUAUCCCCAAAUCUUCAGUCCUGCUUUGCCUCCGCAAAGGCACAAAAGAAAGCUCUGGAAACCGUGGCAGACACAAACAGCCCCGCGUUUCGAGAGCAGCUCAGCAAUUCUAUAUCUGCCUUCGAGCAAUGCCAGAAACUCAUCCAACAGCUAUCAUUGUUCAGUCCUAAUGAAUCAGUGGAGGAUGUGACUACCGGAGAUUUACAGUUUUUGACAGUCCCUUAUCUUCUGGCCGAAUUGCUUCAACGAUCUUACGGUGUAGACAGGCUUAAAACGCUCCAGCAGACGCGUGACGAAUAUGAAAGAUAUUUAGAGGCACUUGAGCAAUAUGGGCUUCUCUCACCUUCAAAUAAGAAGCUCUAUGAGCAGUACCUUGAACAACCAGACUCGUUCAGCCUUACCCCCACAAAUGAUGUAUCGGCUCGCAGGCAAGUGAAGAUAACCAGAUUCAAGGAAGAAAAGGAACUGAAGCAGAAAUUAGAGUACCUUUCACAAAACAAGGAUUCGGGGCACAAUGACGAAGACAUAGUACGGCAGGUAUAUCUCGCAGAAAUCGACUUCUAUACACAUCAGACUUUCCAGUCGUUGGAUAUGUUGUCGCAGGAACUCUCCAUGCUUAAAGUAGCUCCAUCGCUACCCCCCGUCCAAAGAGCAGACGAGCGCAAGCCAGGGUUAUCAAAUGGAAAGGAGAUGGGAUACUCUGACCGUCUUGACAUAGUUGGCUCGCAGAUGGGUCUUGGCCGAUAUAGUGGAGUCCUAUUAAGCCCAGAUGGGAAGCCACUUCAACCAUUUACCCUUACUAGCCGGAGAACGGAUAUCAAGAGAGGCGUGUUCCGGCCAGGCCACAAUCUCCCAACGAUGAGCAUCGACGAAUACUUAGAAGAAGAGAGGAGAAGGGGGGGUAUUAUUGAAGGCGGCGGUGAAAAAUCGGGUAUUCCAAAGGAAAUUGACGAGGAUGAUUUUGAAAAGGCUGAUGAGGAGACUCUCAAGGCAAGAGCCUGGGAUGAGUUUACAGAGGAAAAUCCCAGAGGUUCUGGCAAUACUUUGAACCGAGGCUAG